AGGAAUUCAGGAGUUGCUGUGGAUAUGAUAGAAAAAGUGAGAAACAUGUCCUGCGUCGAUUGCAGGUUUGCCCCUGCGUGUGUGACUGUUCGGACUCGAAAUCUCUGCGAAAACUGUUUUAUUAGGUUCUUACAAACCAAGGUCUUACGCCGAAUGGAAAGAUAUCGUUUGAGAAAUGCCCCCAAAGACCGACAGCGAAAGCUCAUCCUUCCCCUCUCAUACGGUGUAUCUUCCCUUGCACUGCUCCAUAUCGUCAGCGGUCUGCUUCUGAAACAGCGCACAACAGGGCAAAAGCGCACUGCUUUCGAUCUGCAUGUCUUGAUUGUUGAUCCAGUUUCAUUACAUCCAUCGAAAGGCGCAGCUGCAUCUGGGAGACUAGCCAAGAUUAAAGAGGCUUAUCCCGAUAAUACAUACUCAGAAGUACCUCUCCGCAGUAUAUUUGAUUAUGAUCCCGACAUUAGAGGUGAUAUUUCGCAACAUACAGGCAUUCCUUUGGGGAGUAAUCCAUCCAGAUCAGAUGAAGAAAUUUUAAACCUGUUCCGUGCUUCAUUCUCGACAGCCACAGCCCGCGCAGAUAUCGAUGGAAUACUCCUAAGACGGCUAAUUGUCGCGUUCGCUAAAUCCCAUAAAUGUGAUGGAAUUCUAUGGGGUGAUUCGGACAGCCGGUUGGCGGCAAAGACAUUGGCAAACGUUGCUAAAGGGAGAGGGUCUUCACUCGUGUGGAAUGUUUGUGAAGGGAUGUCCCCGUGGGACAUUUAUUUCAAUUUUCCGUUACGGGAUCUAUAUAAGUCUGAACUAGAGGUAUAUGCUUCUUACGCGCUGCGCGAUCUCCAGCAGAUAAUCGACCAAGAUCCACGAAAUUUCGAGGACCUGUCGAACAGGCACAUGUCAAUCGAAGAUUUGAUGUCGCAAUAUGUCCUGACGCAGGGCGCGAAAUAUCCGGGUGUCAUGGCCAAUAUCGUACGAACCGUUGACAAACUUACGACUCCAGGUGUGGAAAAUGCAAAAAUGUGUAUUCUUUGCAGAGUGCCUGCCGAUGAGAAUCUGAACACGGCAUCCGGAUCUCAAAUGGAUAUCGGAUCGGAUGGGCGAACGACUACGGUUCCUCCGUCAACUUGUUAUGGAUGUAUGAGAACUUUGUUGGAUAUGAAAGCUCCGACCUCCAAUUCAGGGUGAAGAUUUCGUAAAUGGUUAACCCGACCGAGCUUGACCGGGUCAACCAGGCCGCGAGAAUGGACCCAAUACUAUACCGGGAUGCAAAAUGCUUUUGUGCAGGACCGCGCAUCAGGCUAUGUCGUAGCAUGCCGUCUUGCUAGGUUGACAAAUCCCUGAGCGCCUUUAUUCCCCACUGAAGGAUCCCUUCCGAAUUUCUCGAUACGCAGUUACCCUAUGGUUCGUUUUGCUAGUACGCCAGGAGCAAGAUUAGAAGCAUGGAGUUGAAUGAUUUUCUAGACAAGCCCUUGUUAGAUUCAACGCCAUUGGGGCAAGCACAAUCACACAUUUUUACAUCAUCUUGGCUAGUAUUGCUGCAAUACAUGGGCUGCCAAAUCGAAAGCUCUAAAAGAGGCAUCGGUCACGAGGGACAUAUUUUCUCGCAAAAUCGGAAAACAACAAGACAGGCAGCCCCAUAGUCGAGAGGACCGGCCACAUAAUAUGUACUUGAAACUGAAUAGAAACUGAUUAGACAUAAGGGCUGGGCUCUAGGAAGCGUUAUACGCUUCUUUUCAAUGGGUGGGCUUCAGUAUUCAAUACGUAUUCAUCCAGGCUUACCACAUCCGGUUCAGCGAAUAUCAGGUAAAAAUACUUUAGUGUCUCCGCGAGCCAGAAGGAUUCCAUGCGAUCGGCUUUAGGAGGGUCUGGUAAGGUACAAUCGUCUAGUGCGGCGUGAGCAAUGUCGGUAAUAGUGUUUUCAACGAUGGCAU